AUGUCCCGAUCGAGAGCAGCUAUUACAUGUCGCGAGAUCGCUUGUAAUCGCCUGGUAAGCAGUGCCGUACCAUAUCUGAACACGCGCGGUUGUGAUACGCGGGUCCUCGUUCAGUUUGAUACCCACGUGUAUUGCAGCUUUGACUGCCAAAGCCGCAACGAGCGCAUCCAGAAGCUGGACCGUAUCGAGCAGUUCAUCACGGCGUUGUUCUUCGAAUACAGCGAAACGACAAACCCCUACCCAGUCAUAUCAGAGACGAUCCAUCGAGAGCAACAGGGAAACUGGCGCCAAAUCCAUGCGCUCGGCAGGGCCGACCAUCUGGGUACGGUGACACUCAAGGAGAACGGUCCCCUUUCUCCUCGCGGUCGACUUGCUUUUCUCUCUUUGAAUAAAUGCACCUCUGUCCUCAUGAUAUUUGCCCCCUUGAUGGCGUUUCUCUACCAAGACCUUGACCCCUCGAUCGAGAUCCACGAAGCGCACGUUGACAAUGUAUUAUCGGACCAAGAAGUGCGAGUCCAAUAUCUAGGCCCGAACGGAAAGCCUACGACACAAGAUACAGUUGCGAGAUGGCACUCAAUGUUCCGAAUUACAAACACUAAGGAAGAUCAUACCACUGACGCGGCUAGACUCGCGCAGUUGAAUGGCACAGGAAUAUACUGCGACACCACAGCGGCUCAAUACGGUCGCGCCCCAGGACUGCAAGACGCGAGGGCUUAUCAUCGCCAUCAUCCCGAUUCGAAGACAGUAUACUGUGCUAGCUUCGCCCACUACUACCGCACCUAUCACUUGAGAAACCUGGGCCGAAUCAGUGCAGAAGAUGGAAGAUACCGCAUUUACGCUCUGCAUCGGGAGGCGUACACCCAAACGAUGAACAACAUUGUUCAUCGCGAGAUCGAAGGUAUGGGUGGAACCGCGUACUUGCUGGCUAUGACACCUGGAGAUUUUGAAGCCGCAUGCACAACGAUCGUGGCUCAAGUCCAUUCAGCACUCCUUGACGUCGCUUUUGACAUACGCAAGGUGUAUUUGAACAAGCCUUAUGAGGUGAUCUUUGAUAGCAAGGAGGAUUCGGAAAGGUACGAGGAGGUGGCAUCUUAA